AAAUGUUCAAAAAUUAUAUGAAGAUCAUUCUUCUACUCUUAUACAUCCUAUGGGUGGAUGGUUGUCUUGUGGUCUUCUCGGUUCGUAAUCCCAACAUGCGGAACUGCAAGUGUCCACCGUUUAAACUGUCCAACCAGGAGGACAUCCGGAAAAAUGAAGGAGGAAAGUAUUUGGGAGACCAUCAAGUUUGGGAUGCAAUCGUUGAAACUGAUAAUGAUUGUAAGCCAGCAAUUACGUGUAGGCCAGUGCCCGGGGUCAGUUCAUUCCUAACAGUGCUCUUCAGAAGUAAUGGACCACCGCUUUACGUGAGUUAAAAAAGUUUGGAAAACAUAAUCAAAAUACUUUAGAUCAACCGAGUUGUUGGAAAUCAGGAUACAUUUAAAAAACAACCGCGGUCGAUAGAAAACUUUGAAUGCAAAGAAGUAGACGGAGAGCAUCAAUGAGUCUUUUCGGGAGGUGUUGCUCAAGAUGUUUCCUUUGCAUGUAUCGCAGACGCACAUAGCUGCGACUGUCCACAAAUUACGAUUGACACCCAAUCAGGGGCCACUUCUGUGAAUCGAGUGCCAUCUGCUACCAAUCAAUGUGGCUUUUUUAAUGCAACAUGCUCUAAGAAAGAUAACACUCCGUAUUUGUUCUCUCCUAAAAACCAUUUCAUAGACCCUGCAAUGUCAUGGCAUCAGACCCCUGUGUUUUACCAAGAUCUGCUUUGUGUGAAGGAAAAAGAAACAUUCAAUUGGUAUUUUGGAAAUUUGAAAUUUGAAGACCCAAUUAGUGUUCAAUGCAAUCCCAGCGCGGGUAAAGAAUUCGUGUGUUCAUCUUUAAAAGAAAUAAGAACCUCGGACGAUUUGGAAUGGUAUCACAAGAAGGGAGACUACACCGAUGCACUGUUUGAAAAGCUUAAGUCGUUGAUAUCGGAAUGGCAUCGGUAUCGGGAGGAUAUGCUUUACGACUGCAAAAACGGUUAUAAUCCAGUUGUGUUCAGUCAAAACAUGGAACCCAUCGAGGCAAUAAGGCUUACCGAAAUUUUCGACGGCGGUUAUAGUAAUUUCUACGGCGGUUAUAGUAAUCUGAGCUGUUUUACCAGUUCAUCACACGAACUUAUCUGGCCCUGGGUAGUAGACGGAAUUCAGCUCAUUAAUCCGGCAUAUGCAUGUGUCAAAAGAAGAACUGCUGUCGAAAUGAAUGGGUGUCAAUGUCCACAACUGAAGUAUAUUAAUCAAACCGGGAUAAAGGAUUUGGGAGAACACUCAGCUUAUUUGAGCAAUAGAACAGUCUCUUUACCAAUUGUUACAGUGGACUCAAAUUGUAAAGUGAUGGUUGACGAGCGUGGUGUUGGUCUUGAUCAUCCAGAUCAUCAUUUGGUUAUCUUUCGUGAAGAAGCUCAUCCAAUCAUUGUAAGCCGAUUCCUAAAUGGAGCCCAAACAUCUUCUUAUUCAUUAAACGAUUUGCUUUGCAAACAGCAUAACGGUAAAUAUCAAUGGUUCUACGAAGAUGCUAGGCUCUCGGAAAACUCGCUGUAUUUUGCUCUCCAAAGCAAUAUAAUACGGAAUCAUGCGACUGUCCAAAGUUUACCCUUCUGGAAGAAAUAGUCAUGG